AUGGGGGAACCCCAGGAGUACCUUGCCGACGGGACCCCACUCAUCACAGCCGCGCAGCUGGGCAAGCUGCGAUUGGUCAGGCUGCUGGUGGAGGGCGGGGCCCAGGUCAACGAGCGCAACCAGAGGGGGGAGACGCCCCUGCUGGCGGCCUGCAAGGCCAUGCGCGGCGACCAGAGCGGCAGCAGCGCCCUCAGGCUCCUGCAGUACCUGUUGGAGAAACAGGCCGACCCCAACGCCCAGGACAAAGCCGGCCGCUCCGCCCUGAUGUACGCCUGCAUGGAGAAGGCGGGUCCCGAGGUGGCCGCCGCCCUCAUCGGGGCGGGAGCGGACCCCAGCAUGGAGGACUACGCAGGGGCGUCCGCCCUGGUCUAUGCCAUCAACGCCCACGACCAGGCCACGCUGCAGGUGCUGCUGGACGCCUGCCGUGAGCGGGGCCGCGACAUCAUCAUCAUCGCCACCGACCUCAGCACCAACGGCGGCUCCGUCACCCGCCGCUACCUCAACGUGCCCCCUUCCCCGGACUCCUCCCCCGUGUCCUGCAUGUCCCCGUCCGAGAUCGAGCUGAAGACCAGCUCCCCCAGCUCCGAAACCGAAGGGGAGAACAUCUUCGACUUCAAGGGCGAUGGUAAGAGAGGGGGCGGGACCCUGCCGGAUCUGGGCCCGGGAGGCCGACGCCCCCAUAGCCACAGGCUGCGCUCUGAGCCCUGGCUGGCCAUCCACAACCUGGCACACCUGCGCAGCUCCUACGAGGAGGGCCUGAGGCAGGGGGCCCUGUGUGAGGAUGAGGAGGAGGAGGAGGAAGAAGAUGGCAAACCACUCCCGCCGUCUGAUAUGGCCGGUCUCCCUGGGCGCCGGAGGUCAUCUCUCCACCCCUACAGCGGUUUGGACCUCUGUCCUGCAGAGACCGGCGGGGCCAGGCUGACCCUGGGCAGGACGUCCCGCAAGGCCUCUGUUGAGACCCUGCCCUCCUCCUCCGGCAGUCUCCUCCCACCCUCAGGCCGCAGGAACACUCUGCCAGCCCUCCAGGAUGUGCCCCUGCUGCAGCUGCCCUCCCUGACCCUCGACCACUCCAGCUCCGACUCCCAGCUCCAGGCCCCUCCCACUGCCACGCCCACACUGAGCCCAGGCCGCCGGGGCCUGCUGUCCUCUCCGCAUCACUCCAGCUCCUUGUCCCUGGCGUCCGCCGAUGCCGCGCUCACACCCGACAGGAGGAAGGGAUCAGAGGGGCUCAGAUCCCAGCUAAAAACCAGCUUCCUGCCCCCUCUGCCCGUCAGCCCGACCCACCCCAGCCGGCCCCCGCCCGCCUCCGCCCCCAGCGAGCUCCAGCAGACCAUGCCCAGGCUGGGUGGCCGGUGGGGCAGGAGGCUGCAGCGCCGCCACUCCAUCCAGCUGGAGCAGAUGGGCAGCUCUGAGGAGAUCCUCAUCCUGUGA